AUGGAUUCCUCAACUCCCUCUCCUCCAACCACAGAUCUCACCGACCCUCCCCCAACCCCCGAAGAACUUCUCGAAGCCCAAAUGAAAGCCUGGCGCAAAGCUCACCACGAAGCCCUCGUCCUCGAUUCCCGCAUGUCCAUACCCUACGGCGCACGCCUCCCCCUCUGCACAUCGAUAUCUUUUCUCUGCGGCAUGGCGCUGGGAAUCUCCCACGGUUCUCAAGCUGCAUCGUUACGUUUCCGCGCCGAGAAUGCGCAUCGAUUGCCGACGUCGCCGACGGGGUGGUACUUGUAUCAUAAGAGUAAGAAUUAUAAUACGGGGCUUGGGGGGGUGAAAGAGGGGUUGAGGAUGGGAGGGAGGAUUGCGUUUUGGACGGCGGGAUUGUUGGCUAUUGAGGAUAUGUGUGAUCGGUGGAGGGGGAAGAAGGAUGUGGUCAAUACUGUGGUGGCUAGUUUGAGUGUUGCGGGAGGGUUUAGUUUAUGGAAUCGAUUCCCUAUCAUCACCGCCGCCAGAACCGCCAAAACAGGAUUGGCAUUUGGUAUAGGAUAUGGAUUAUUACAAGAUGCCGUUGGUUAUGCAAGAGGUAGAAGAUUGGGAUAUAUAGAUUUCUUAACCGGAGGAACGACAGGAAGAGGAGGAGGAGGAAAGGAAGAAGAAGAUCUGAGACUGAGAGAUGCCGAAAAGACCACAAUAUAA